AUGGCAACGAAAAUUGAGACAGUGUCGCAUGUCUCCGUGCGCAACGAAGACACCGGUUAUUAUAGACGAGGUGCUGCAUAUUUGGGAUUGGACAAGUUUAAAGAAGCUUGGAUGGAGAUAAGGAGAAAUGCCUCCGUCCAAGUGGAUGGAGGCAUGAGGCAAUCUUUGAUCAAAGCUUGGGAAUUAAUGUACUUAUGUGCAUCUUGCAUGCCUCUUAGCAAGGAAAUUGGUGGCUAUUUGUCAGAGUAUGUACAUACUGUUGCACACACUGUCAGUAGUGAUUCUGAGAUUCAAGUACUUGCAGUGAAUACAUUAAAUGCUUUGAAGCGUUCUGUUAAGGCUGGACCUAGGCAUAUUAUACCUGGACCCGAGGAGAUUGAAGCUCUUUUGACUGGUAAAAAGCUUACAACUAUAGUUUUCUUUCUGGAUGAAACUUUUGAAGAGAUUGCGUGCGACAUGACUACAACUGUAGCUGAUUCUGUUGAGGGGCCAUACGAGGAUGGGAAGACUGAUGCUACCUUUUCGUUUACUGACAAUGAUUUUGUUAAGGUUGACUCUGGGAAGAUGAAUCCUCAAUUUGCAUUCAUGAGGGGUGCUAUGAAGAUAAAAGGGAGCAUGUAG